AUGCUUGCACAUCCUGCACAACAUCGUGGUCGUUAUCCAAUUGGUUAUGGAGGAGGAGGUUCACCAAUUGAAUAUAAAUGGAAAGUACUUUGGCCAUAUGUUGCUUCUACUAUAAUUGGUUCCUUGAUUAUCUUAUGUGGAUUACUUCUUUUUGUUCUUGAAAUUGCAUCUUUAGGUAUGUUUUAUAUCAAUAUCUAUCUUUAUCAGAAAAACGAACUUCUUAGAUGAAUUUGACUAUGUAUCAAACAGCUUAUCCGAUAAUUGAACUGCAUUCUUCAGAAGCUGAGGAAUCAUUUUGAAUGAAUUUAGUAUAACAAUUUUAUUACCUAUCAUUUGAACUAACCCUGAUCACAGAGAAAAUGGAUUUUGUAACUGAGACAAGUCUCAGAUACUUAGUACUUUAGUUAUCAUCUCUCAUUAGUGCGUGGGCAAUGAUCAAAUCCCCUCAUUCCUAAAAGAUAUAUCCAUUAUUAUAAUACCA